AUAAAGUAGCUGACUUCAGGUUGUUGAGCAUAAAGAGAGACGGAGCUGAUUUUUUAUCUCGCAAUAAUUUCACAUUCAAGUUCGAUUCUAGAAAUUUAUAUUAGUUAUUAUCAUAAUAAAAAAAAAAUAACAAUAUUUCGUCGAGUUUGUUAUCCUAAAGUUAACCCACUUGGAGAAAGUGAGCUGUUUUAUGAUACAUAAUAAUAUAAACAACAAUGGAUAAAUUGAGAAGAGCAUUGAGUGGUCAUGACCAAUGUGAUGAGGAAAGUGGAAUAAUGACCCAGCAUGAAAGUGAUUUUCUGAUUUCGGAUGGUACAACGUUAAGUUGGUCGACGCGAAUAAAAGGAUUCGCAAUAUGUUUUAUUAUCGGUAUUCUCUUAUCAUUUCUUGGUUCAUUUGCGUUAUUUUUACACAAAGGCUUGACUGUUUUUGCCGUUUUCUAUACACUCGGAAAUAUUGUUUCACUUAUGAGCACCUGCUUUUUAAUGGGCCCAGUCAAUCAAUUAAAAAAGAUGUUUGCGUCAACAAGAAUAAUAGCUACAUUGAUAGUAAUCCUUGCUUUGAUAAUGACACUGUAUGCCGCAAUAAAGCUUGACAAACCUGGAUUAGCACUUUUAUUUAUAAUUAUACAGUCAUUAGCAAUGACAUGGUAUUCAUUAUCGUAUAUUCCAUAUGCGCGAGAUGCCGUGAAGAAAACCGUCGAAUCUUGUAUCACGUGAAUUCAAAUUUAAUAAUAAUAAUAAUAAUAAUAAUAAAUACGAAUUAAAAUUCGAUAAUUAACUAUAAUAAUUAAUAUCUUAAACAUGCAAGAUAUUAACACCUGAAUGGAGACAAUAAUUAUUCUAUAACUAAAAAAAAUUAUAACAUAGAUUAAAAGUUUAAAAUUAUAUAAUUAUAGUUUAUUCAAUUAAUUUAUUAAUUAUUAAUUAAAAACUAAUAAUUUUAUUUUACAUAAAAAACAAACUGUAUUAUUAUUUAAGUCAGUUGUUAAUAGUUAAUUAUUUUGUGAGAAAAAAAAGUUUAAAUGUACGUAAUUACUUAAGUUUCAAUUUUUCGUCAUUAAAAUUUAUGAUCAAAAUUAAUAAAUUUAGUAAUAAUCUAAUGAACGCACAUUAUCAACAAUAGUAUGAAAAAAAAGAAUCAUUUUAAUUGACUGUAUUGUAUUUUUGGUCAAGUUACAAAAAAUAUCAACUGUGCCUUAUGACUUGUAAUUUAUACAAUAAUUAAUUUGCAUUUAUUUGAAUAUAAGUAAACAGGCCGUAAUUAUAAUUGAUAUUUUAUGAAACUAAAAAAUUAUCGCAGCUGUAUAUCAAAUUUGACUGUUUUAUAUUUUUUAUAAAAAAUUUAAGUUGCCAAUCAUACUUUGAGGCCAAUGUAUUAAAUUUAAAAUGUAAUUAUUAUAAACACAAAAAAUAUUGUACAGUACUUAUUAAUUAAUGUUUUA